AUGCAAUUAAGAAGACUUGAGAGCUUUAAAGUGCAUUCACGUUUGAAAAGCGCGAUUCGCUUUGAAACUACCUCUGGCCUUCCGCUUGCUGCUAUGUCCGCUGGUGAUUCAGUUACCCUUCUCGCACAACUUGUGCAAGCCCUAUUUCAUUCAAUACCGAAGGCUGGCUUACCUACUUGGAUGCUUACAGGCACAUGCAAGAUCGAUAUCUAUCUGAUGCACACAACCUCGGCAUUCUCAGUGUGGUGCUGGUUCGCGCUAUCCAUUUUGCGGUACACCGCUGUUUUCCAUCCGAUAAAAUAUAGAACAAUUUGGAGACAACCUAGAAAUGCUUUGAAACUUCUUGCGUGUCUAUGUUGUCUAUUCGAAUCGUGGAUUCUCUUCUUCGUCGUCUAUAGCGAAGAAGGACGCUUGUGUGCCGAACAUCCCAGCAUUACUCCACAUAAUUUGAAGGCUGCCCAUUUGAUGGAUAUCGCGUUGUUUUAUGCAAUACCUUCACUACUACGAAUAUUUUUUGAUGGUGUGGUUUUGUUUCAAUGUUACAGUCCAUCGUCGAUGAUGGACAUGCCUCUAUACGAAAGAAGAUAUGCAAUUAGUGUGCCAACGAAUAAUCGAAGAUGCUCAUUCAAUGCUGAUUUCGAAACAUCACUAGAUGUUCGGCAAAAUAUGACUCUUGUGAUGUCAAUAUCAGCAGCAGCCUCUGAGCAUUUUAUCAAGAAGCGUCAGUCCUACGUUAAGAAGAAAACGGCUAUGGUUAUGCGUUCAAUAAUCAUAUCGGUGCUAAAUCUAGUUCUCAAUCUACCAUUUCACAUUCUUCGAACAUGGCUUACACUUGAUGAUGAUGGUAUUGAUGAAAAAACUUUGUCAAUCCUCGAACCAAUCGCACAAAUUCUAUAUUUUUCACAAUUCAUGUGCAAUGCCUUCUAUCUGAGCACGAGUAUCUACGAAACGAGCGGCACACCUCGUAGUAGUACUGUUGUAGUGAACAGUGGGCGACAUAUUUCACGUUGUCUAUCAAAUGAUGAUGAUUCAUAG